AUUUCCACUCUCUUUCCUCCUCACACUCGCACCCAAAACCACACCACUCCUCCACAGCUCCAAAAUCACACACAUACACAGAGUGUAGUACCAGCAGCAGAGGUUCCAAUGGCCAACAUGAUCAUGGCCUCUUCCAAAACCCUAAUCACAUCCUCCUCAACUCUCCCCCCUACCCCAAAACCCAAACUCUCUCUCCCCAAACUACAACUACCCAACUUCCCAAACCCCCCAAAAAUUCUCUCUCUUCCCCUCCCCACCACCACUCCCACCGCCCUCAAAUCCAUCUCCGUCAUACUCGCCACUUCUCUUGCGGCGGCGCCACCUUCACUCGCGGAGGAGUUCGAAAAAGCCGCCCUCUUCGACUUCGACCUCACACUCCCAAUCAUAAUGGCCGAAUUCUUGAUCCUCAUGUUCACACUUGACAAGCUUUACUACUCCCCACUUGGGAAAUUCAUGGACGAGAGAGACGCGGCCAUUAAGGAGAAGCUGGCGAGCGUGAAGGACACGUCGGCGGAGGUGAAGCAGUUGGAGGAGCAGGGUACGGCGGUGAUGAGGGCGGCGAGGGCGGAGAUAUCGGCGGCGCUGAACAAGAUGAAGAAGGAGACACAGGUGGAGGUGGAGAAGAAGUUAGCGGAGGGAAGGAAGAAAGUAGAGGCUGAGUUGCAGGAGGCUUUGGCUAAUUUGGAGAAACAAAAGGAGGAAACUGUUAAGUCUCUUGACUCUCAGAUUGCUGCUCUUAGUGAUGGGAUUGUCAAGAAGGUCCUCCCUCUCUAA